CUCACGGAAGCUUAUUAAUAAUAUAAUUGAUAAAUAUUGAUAAAUUUCAUUAAAAUUUGUGAAAUGGAGUCCAAAGCUGUUAUUGUUUCUGGUGAAGCGUCGGAAUCUGACGAGGAAUCUAUAAAUGUAAAAAUGGGCAUUCCAUUUCCUUUACUUUUGGCUUCUACUUCUUGUGGAACUAUGAUUCAGGGAGAAGCAGGAGAAUCAGAUGAUGAAAAUAAUGGUGAAAGCAAUGCAAAUUAUGCCGAUACAACUACUUGCUCUUACAAAGAUGUAAAAGCACAUAGAAGCGAAAGAAGUUCCGUUAAAUAUAACAGUUUGCUUCAUAAGAAAUUGCGAGACUGUAAUAAGUCAUUGGACAGAAAUAUUCGAGAAUUUUUCGAUAAUAAUAUUUCUAAUGGAAUGGCCCAAUUAGUUGACACUAAUAAACAGCUUUUAAAAAGUCAAUUUAUAUUACAAGAUACUGUAUCAAAAUUUUUAGUUGCUUCAACACAAUUUGAAGAUACGUUAAAUACUUUAGAAAAUAUUGUUGAAGAAGAUUUUUUCCGAAUAAAUUUUUGUAAAAAGUAG